CCAGAUAACAGCAGUUUGAUCGCGGCUAUCGCCAAGCAAACAUGGGGUAUUCCUUCCUCAUACAUGUUUUGGUAAAAAUGGUCCUGGUGUCUGUCGUCAGUUCUUCGUCGGACGUAGACAAAGGCACCCAGUUCGUGUAUAGCGUCGGCGACCCACAAAGGUGUCUCCAGAGAAGUUUGAACAAAAAUCUCAUACGAUACGAGGUACUACCGGGAGGAGGAUGGGACAACUUACGAAACAAACAUGGCGGCCAAGUGAUCAAUUAUAACUACAGCCUUUGUGAAACUACAGACGACGGCCGUUACUUGUUACCAGACGGAAUCUAUUCCGUGCCAUUAAAGCAGAGCAAACUGGAAACGUUCGCCGAGUUGUUUUCACAUUGGCAGAACUACACUUCAACGACAUCGAGCACAGUCAAUGCUGAAGCUGGUUUCCAUAUUGGACAUUUUGAUAUCGGAGGAUCCUUCUCGUACGAGUCCGAAAGCGUUCGGUCAAGACAAUUACUAGAUAAAUCCGUGACCACUCGGGUUCAAUUGAGGUAUGUUCGAUACUCUGCCAAAUUACAACCGGACACAGCUUUCAAUCCAAAAUUUAAAGCGAGGCUUUUGACAAUUGCAACACUGAUAGUGAAAAACCAGACGAACAUGGCUCGUUACGAGAGUCAGCUUUUAAUCAGGGACUUUGGCACUCAUAUCAUCACAAGUGUAGACGCCGGGGCAGCGCUUGCCCAGCAAGAUCAGAUCAAAACCACAUAUGCGCGUUCUUAUAGCAUGGACAAGAGUAAAGUACUGGCUUCUGCAAGUGCUUCAUUCUCUGAUGUAUUUCAUGCUGAUACAGAUUACCAACAUUCUACAUCGAAAGAAAUGAUUGACCAGUAUCUUGGUAAUAGAACACAUUCCGAGAUAAAUACAAUUGGUGGAUCAGUGUUCCAGCCGCAGAACUUCAGUCUUAAUGAUUGGGCUGAUAGUAUUGCGGAUAACUUAGUAGCUAUCGACCGCGCUGGAGAUCCAUUGUAUUUCAUCAUCACACCUAUGGCUCUACCGGAGCUGCCAUCGUCCGUUGUCUACGAACUUAUCCAACAGGUGAAGAACGCCAUCAAUCUUUAUUACAAACAUAACGUUUACAAGGGAUGUACCGAUGCUGAUUCUCCGAAUUUCAGUUACCAGGCGAAUGUCGAUGACGGAACAUGUCGCAGUCUCUCAAACAACUAUACAUUUGGUGGGGUAUAUCAGACUUGCAGAAUGUCAGGAAAUGUGCGGUCUAACACUUGUAGUGAACUCGACCAAAAGAAUCCUCUGACAGGUGAUUAUUCAUGUCCGCCGAAUUAUGAGGCAGUUCUCAUAGACGUAGGAAAUAAGAAAACGCCAAAUACUGUACGUCGUUGCCACAGAUGUGGGUUUCUGGGUUUAUCCAGGUGUUGUGGUGAUUAUGCAUCAUCUCAAACAGCGUCCUACAAAGGAUAUUGGUGUUAUGCUACAGGAAAUGUUCAAGCCGGCUCUGGUUAUCUGUUUGGUGGAGUUUUCACAAACACCGUUGGAAAUCCGCUGACAGGUAGCCGAUCCUGUCCCCCAUAUUUCUAUGCAUUGAGGCUCAGUGGCAGUCUGCGUGUUUGCGUCAGUGAUGAUUACGAACUUGGAUUCCGUUACUCGGUACCUUUUGCUGGAUUCUUCAGUUGUAAAACUGGCAAUCCACUGAAGCUCAAUUCGGACGAGGAAGAUAGACACAAGCGAAGUAAUAAUCAAGUGUUUUUGGUAACAUUCCUGAAAACGUCUGGGCCUUCCCAUUGGCCAAGAGGCUGUCCGACCGGUUACAGUGAGCAUAUGGCCGUAGUUACCAAUGGAUGUGAAAUGUCCUACUGCAUUCAGGCAAACGCUUUGAGUGGUCAGGGGCUGCCGACUAUCAUACGACCUCCGUUUAUGGAGAUUCCUAUAAAUGGAUUCUCAGAUAAUUCAAGUGUCCAAAUAAGCGAAGAUGGUAUGACAUGGACAGAUAUCGAGGGCGCCGGGGAAGUAAAUUUUAGCUUAGAACAGGACAAUCAGAACAGUAACAGUGACACAGCAGCAGACGACAAUGGCUUGCCGCGAGGAGCAGUAGCUGUCAUCGCAAUAGUCGCUACUAUCGCGUUCAUGGUGUUGGUGUUAGUUGUGGGUAAAAUCGUCAGAAACAAAUACCGUCCCGCGCAAUAUCACCGUCAGCAGUCGGACCAUCUCGUCCCAAACCAGCACGUAGUGUAUGGGACAUCCAGUGCCCACACCGAAAUAGAGGUCGAGUCAUAAGCUGGAGCCGCCAAUGGGGAUUAGAUAUGUCGAUUGUAACAGAUAGAUACAAACACUGGACAGACAGAAAUCAUGUACCUGCUUUACGUGAGAUUUAAUUUCGUAGACAACAUAGAUAGGUACAGCAAUUUUAAUAGGUACAACAAUCUUAAAAGAACGCGUUUGAUUGAGAAUUUUGUUUUUUUACGGCGACUCUCUUAUGUACGCUGUUAGACUGAAUAAUCACUGAUUGCAUUCAUAAUAUGAUAAAUCACAACACCUAUCCUCCAUUCUCUUUAUUUGAACCUGUAUAUGCUUAUAUUUGCUUCAAUUUGUAAGUUGAUAUGUUGAUUAAGAUAUAGUCAUGUUGUUGAGUUGUGUCUCCAUAAAAAACACACUAAUGUAGGUAUGAUUACAUUGUUAGAGGAACAUAACAUUAAUGUAGGUAUGAUUACAUUGUGAAAGGAACAUAACAUCAAUAUAGGUAUGAUUACAUUGUUAGAGGAACGUAACAUUAAUGUAGGUAUGAUUACAUUGUUAGAGGAACGUAACAUUAAUGUAGGUAUGAUUACAUUGUUAGAGGAACAUAACAUUAAUGUAGGUAUGAUUACAUUGUUAGAGGAACAUAACAUUAAUGUAGGUAUGAUUACAUUGUUAGAGGAACAUAACAUUAAUGUAGGUAUGAUUACAUUGUGAGAGGAACAUAACAUUAAUGUAGGUAUGAUUACAUUGUGAGAGGAACAUAACAUUAAUGUAGGUAUGAUUACAUUGUUAGGGGAACAUAACAGUAAUGUAGGUAUGAUUACAUUGUUAGAGGAACAUAACAGUAAUGUAGGUAUGAUUACAUUGUUAGAGGAACAUAACAGUAAUGUAGGUAUGAUUACAUUGUUAGAGGAACAUAACAUCAAUGUAGGUAUGAUUACAUUGUAUCAAACUGUGGGAAGCUUUUCCUUAACAAAAGUCAUAAUGGGAGAAACGCUUCGCUUUAAAAUUCUAACAUGGUUUUCAUUUUUUAUAAAGUGUUUCACACUCUUAUGCCUUUUAUAUCACGCUACAUGUGAAUUCCUUGAUUUUCAAAUACAGAAAAUGCGCGUGUCAAGCAUUCAUUUAUUAAUGUAAUUAAAUCAUCAAAAGGCAAUCUCAUAAUACCAUACCACUUGUCAUGGUUUGACGAGUAGAACCGAGGAGAGUGUUCUCGUAUACAGUGUAAUCUAACUGCACGUUUGUAUAUAUAUUGCCAGCAAAUUACUAAUUGGAAUUGUGCAAUAAGCAAUUGAGUUGAAUUGAAUUCAAAAGUAAACAAAUACUUACUGGAUCAUUUAUUUCAUAAUAGCAAUGAUCGACGAUUUAAACUAAGCGAGGUGUGUUAUUGUAAACCAGAUCAUCAUAAUAAACUAACAUCAUAAAUAUGAGUGAUGUAAUAUAUAUUGUUAUUUUCUUGUUUUUAUCUUAUGAGACAAUCACAAUUCUUUAAAUUGGUAACAUUAGAACUAGGUUAACUUUCAGACAAAAAUGAAGUCAAAUCACACUACUAUCACUUCUCAUUAUUUUACAACUUUUUUUCAACUCUUUGGGGAAAUUGUUAGAAAAAUGGCUGGUUUCAGCUCAGAUAUCUCAAAAAGAAGAUGAAAGACACAUUUUUCUGUCUUUAUUAAAAAUCGACAUUAAUAAUACAUGUACAAAGAAAAUGAUAGCAAUAGGGAAAUUGUUGGGAUUUUUUUUUUUUUUUUUCUUAUAGUGAAUAUAGAUUUGUUUAUUCGCUGAAAGUUACAUUUUUAACGUCUUGUGUAUGACUUUGUUACAUUUUUGUGCCGUGUAUGACUUGCAUAUUUUAUAUGCCGUGUAUGACUGUUGCAUAUUUUCUGUACCGUGUAUGACUGUUACAUGUUUUAUGUGCCGUGUAUGACUAUAUUGAUUGCACAUUAUCAUUUAUAUAUGCAUCGUAAUUUUUUCGAAAAUUUACAUUUUUUAUUGACAUCAUCGAUUGCGUCAUUACCCUCCACAAUACAUGUAUAUAUAAACAUGUAUACAUGCAAUUUGCUAAAUCACAAAUGAUUUAAUGCGGAAAUAAACGGUAAGAGAUAACACCAAUGAAAUCUGUACCAGCUUAUCAGUUCUUCCUGUUCACAACUUAAUGGUCACUCCAAGUAUUUAUAAUUAGUAUCAAUACUUCCUCAUUUGUGGAGCUUUCAAAUAUAGAGAAUCGGUUGUAAUUAGCUUAAUGACCUUAUUACACAUACAAGUGUCAAAUUCAUGGUCAUUAUUAAUCUUGAUGCUUUCUGAAGGUGAUAAUUUUGAUUUUAUUGGUAUGUCUGUUUUGGUGGUAGUAUAGUUGUAUUGUCCUAAAGGACAACUACAUAAAGUAUUUGGUACACACUUAAGCCUGUAUGACCCUCUAUAUCUAAGGUUAUGUGCAUAUUUUGUUCCCUGGAGUGACCAUUAUAGACAGGUUUGACUGUAAUUAUAAAAUUUAUUUCGAUUGACAUGAUACUAACAAGAACAGUCUGGAUACCGAGAUUAAAUAUUUAUAGUUCUAAGGAAAUAUGAAACAUUUAGAACAGGAAGAUUUUGUUUCUAUGUAUGAGUCCUUGUGACAUGCACGAGCCCUCGUUGUAUUUAACUAAACGACCAGGUCACAGUUUCAUAUAGAUUACUCAAGGAAGUACAUACAGUUCCAUGAAUGUAUCCUUCAUUGUUUUGGCAUUCUCAUAUUAAAGCUUUCCAUUGAAAUAAAA